AUUGUGGUCACUUUCUUUGCUGCUAUUUUGAUUUUGUUUACUUUUUACUUUUAUCCAUGAUGAAUGAUUGCCAUUAAUCGUGCUUUUAUCUUCAAUUUGCAUCAGUUUCACUAGUUUCAGUUUACAAUUUUUACGUCGUAAAAUCAUAGUUCGAUCCAAUUCGAUCUCACAACAUAACUGUGAUUUUAUUACACUUUUUUAUAUAUUCGUAAUACCAGAACUGUGAAAUACAUACUGUUGUACUUAUGAAGUAUUAUCUUCAUACAACGUACAUACAAUUAACAAUAAUAUGUAAAAUCGAGUAUAUCCUGUAAGAGUCAUAGAUAAAUUAAUAUAUGUAGUAAGAGUAGUUAGUACUUUGAGGAAAUAAAAAAAUGUCACUGAAAUGUUGAACUGCAAAAUGUAGGAAGAAUCGAAUCGCCAAGGUUCCAGAGAAAAGCAAGAAAUGGCUUGAUGCAAUAAAGAGCCACUUGAAUCAGGUGCAAAAAUAAUAUUUACGUGUGUACGAAAAGCAUUUUACUUAUGAUGAAGUCUAAAAAGAAUACUGUACAACUUUGAAAGACAGCUCAGUUCAUACAAUGCUGUACAGAUCACCAGUGCUAAGAGGCACUGUAAUUCCUUCUCUUUUUGAUGCUCCGGAAUACCCCGAGUUACAUGAAGUAGAUGAAAGUUCACAGGAGGUAUGUAAGAAUGGUCUGGAUUAAAUGUAAAAUAUAUAUAAACCAUGGUUUAUGGAUUGUCAAUGACCAUGCACAUACUGAGGAAGAUUCACAGGAGAAUACAGCUAAUACUAUUCCCUACAGGAAUGUGGAUUGCGACAAACUAAUUACAAUGGAAAAAAAAAAUUGCGCUGAACUCACAAAUGUAGCAUUUAAAAAUGAAAUAUCCGAAACUAAAGAAGGUUUAGAAAUACCGUUUAUAUCCAUAAAAGAAGAGCCUUCGGAAGAUGAUAAUACUGAAACAUGCCCAGAACCAUUUUUCAUUGAUAUACAUGAUCCAAAAUUUUCAAAUGAAUUAAAUGUCUUAAAUAUUGAUUCAAUAAAACUUGAAAAAGAUACGUUAGAUGAUAACUUAAUUAAAUGUGAAAGAUUAUCAAAUGAUAAUGAUUUCAAUAGUAAACAAGAAAAAGAUUUAACUGAAAAAGUGAAAGUUUAUGAAGAUACCAAAAAUAAAGAAAAAUUAUUAAAAAGACAGAUAACAUGUCCAGUCUGCUUCAAAGUAUUAAAAUCAGAAUUAAAAAGGCAUUUGCAAGUGGUACAUUCAAGAGAAAAAAAGUACUCUUGUAAAAUUUGUUUUAAAUGUUUUGCUGAUAAUUCCAAUUUAAAAAAUCAUUUGAAAAUACACAGUGGUAUAAAAGACCAUGUUUGUCCAGAAUGUGGAAAGAGAUUUUAUACAAAUACUCACCUAAAAAUCCAUUCAGUGGUUCACACUGGAGAGAGAAAUUACAAAUGCGAUCUAUGUGAAAAAUCUUUUGCAAAUAAGUCUCAUUUAAAUGCUCACCUAAAAGUACACACUGGUGAAAAAAAUCAUUCAUGUAGUAUAUGCCCUAAAAGUUUUCCAGAUAAUUCUCAAUUAAAGAAACACUUUGCAACGCAUACAGGAGAAAAAAGCUACAAAUGUCAUUUGUGUCCGAAAGCAUUUUCCCAAAACACCAGUUUAAAGAGGCAUGUCAUGACUCAUACUGGGGGCGAAGAAAGAAAAUAUCUCUGUAACUUGUGCUCGAAGACUUUUAUACGAAAUUGUGAUUUAAAACGACACUUGAUUAGUCAUACAGGCGAAAAAAAAUUUGAAUGCCAUAUGUGUAAAAAGGAUUUCAUGACUAAAAGUCAUGUGAAAAUUCAUAUGCGAAUACACACAGGGGAAAAACAAUUUGUGUGCAACUUUUGUGAUAAAGCUUUUACUCAAAAAACUCAUUUACAAAUUCAUUUGAAAAGAAAACAUAGUGAUGAAACAAAUAGUGACGAAAGUGAUGAUGAAAUGUUUAGUAGAUUGGCUAGUUUUGAAUAAUAAAAUAAAUUUUUGUAAUAUAUUAAAGGACCCCGCGUACUUUUCUUAUGUAAAAUUGCGACCGGUCAAAUUUUCUGAAACUGUGGUAUGUUGUUGUACUCAACUUAAGGCAUUUCUUUAUAAGCUUACCAGAACAUACUUCUGUAACCAGAGUAUUUCUUUAUAACGUUUGGUUACUCUGCUUUGGUUACAUGUUACCAAAGCAUAUGUAGCUACAUAUAACGAGGCAUUUAUUUAUAAGCUUACUAGAACAUACUAUAAUAAAAAAUAACAAAAUCAAAACAUCCUAAAAUUUCUAAAAUUCAAAUUCCGUUUAGAAAUCCCCAAACUAAAAUUAAAUUUGACAUAUGACAUUCAAUAAUAGGGAAACCAUGGUAUGCGUAAUGUCACCACAGUAACCACAAUACUGUAACCAAGUAUGUUGUAGUAAGCUUAUAAAGAAAUGCCUUUUGUAACCAAAAGUGUCAAUCAGGCCCAACUCAAUCCUAUGAAUAGUUGAAAAAUGCCCAGUUUUUGGAAUUUUUAUUUUGAAACUUAUGAGCUAGAUUGAAUUUAUGUUGCAUAAACACGUUUACUACAUGUUUUAGUAAUACAUAAGUAUAUACGUCCUAUUAAAAAUAUUUUUAAUUACAGGGUUAUUCACAAAUGUAUGAUGGUAGUUUUUUGCAAAAACUCACUAAUUCUGCUGUGACGUCAAGGAAACAUAUUUUCUAAAAGUACUACUCAAUAUAGUAUUUUGGUGACAAAAUAUUACAGUAUACAUUUAUUAUACAAGGUGUUUUAUAGAGAGAACCACGACAUAUAAUUAUAUUUUUUGAGGUAUAACUUAAAAUCCUGUAAUUAUGGAUUGAUUUUUUGGGAAAGGUAAUACCAUUUAAAUAUGUGUACCUCUAAGCUUCAAAAUAUCCAGGGUGAUUUAUUUUUUUGGAAGGUAUUUGUUAGAAAUACCUGUAACAUAAGUAUCAGAAUCGGGGGAAUGAUUCAAGGCCGCCCCUGUUGAAUUUAUUUAAGAAUCAAUUCAGGACAAGGUUGGCAAAUCCAAUAAAAUAAAAAUAACUAAUGCGUUUAUUAUCCAACAGAAAUGCACGAAUUCAAAAUCGAUAAUAAUGAUUAAGCAAAAGGGAGAUAGUUGGUAAUAUGUGUGCGCGAAAUGAAUGCGCGAGCCGUAACGGUUUUUGGACUCGUCUCAACCUUUAUAAAAGACAUCGUUUAUCGGUCUUCACCGUUGAUAUUAUUAACGACGGCUAUCAUUGAUGAACGACAAUUUUAUAACUAUAUUUGUCUAUUUUCAACGACAAUCGUUGUCUACUGAAUAAGAAAAGUCGUCUGUGAACGAUUAUCGUCUAUUAACGACGUCGUUUAGAGUUACUGAAUAGGCCCCUUAAUUUUAAAAUUACAUUUUUACAUUAACAAUGUCAUUUUAAUCUCCGUUUAACACAACAGUGGAAUCGGUCCUUAUACAGCCUUUAAGGGGCCUAUUAAAUAACGACAUCGUUAAUAGACGAUAAUCGUUCACAGACGACUUUUCUUAUUCAGUAGACAACGAUAGCCACAGAGCUGUCGUUAAUAAUAUGAAGUGUCGUUAUAGUAUUUUUUCCAUUCCCUCUCAUUUUUCAUUGUAAACCAGGAUGUGUUCUAAAUAAUAAAAGCACUUUUUUAUAAAGUUUACAACUAAAUUGCCAUCUACCUAAUAGGUACAGCAAGUACAAUUUGUAAGGAAUUUUUUUUCUAAUUUAUUUAUUUUAAAAAUAAAUCUGAUUCAAAGUUCGGAUUGCCCAUUCGACCAUUUACUAUUUGAUUCUUAUUAACAGUGCUGUUGCUAAAGUAGGGGGUGCGAAACAGUAACAAAACCUAUAUUAUGGAAGUUACCUAUAUUAUAAUAAUACUUCAUAACCUACACAGAAAACAAAGCUACUGGCCGGAGUUGUCAAAGCCGAUGACAUCAACAGAAAAGAUAAUCAGGAAGCAGGAUUGAUAUAGUAUCAAAUUUGGUUUCUGUCUUUCAAAUCCAAUAAAUACAACUUGUACUGUUCUCGAGUUGUUUUUUGUAUUCUUUUAGAAUAGUUCUUAGUUUUUUUAAUAUAUCCAUACUCAUUUAAAUAAACCCUACAUACAAUACGACUAGCAAAAAUGGCCUGCGAGAAACAGAAUUCCUACGA